AUGUCACGAUCCGGUGCAGGUAGAGUUCUGUAUAUUUUCCUGUUCAUGGCACCCGUGUGGUCGCAACUGGUAUCAACGGCGGAAAAUAAACAGGUAUUGCCGCAGUGCACAGUGCGCGAUGCGGCUACCACGUGCGUCUGCGAAAGCUUAGAGGCUAAAGGUGGACAAGCUCAAUCCGUUAACGCUGCUACGUUAUCAGAGUCGGCGAACACCCUCCAGGUCCAAUGCACAGAGCCCUCCACAUUCGUGCCCUCCGACCUCGACAGCGUCUGCACGGGCGCAACACAGGAGGCUUCUAUCACGACUUGUCAAGCCUCAAAGGACACUAGCACCAAGGUGAAAAUCAGUACUCUCCUAUCUAAGGAAGCCGACCCCGGCACCAAAUGGACCACGAAGGAUCAGAAAAGCCAUUCUUUAGUCAUCCCUUCGACAGAUUUCCCCCUAGUCGACAGGCACUUCUUCGUCGGAUGUACAAAAAUCCCGGGGGACAAGUCAUGUGUAGUGAACGUCACGCUGAAUGCAAGGACUUCGGCGCUUGUGGGCAACGUCCUUACGUGCGCGUACGGCGAGACGAGCAACUUGUCAAUUCCGAAAGUGGCACUGGACUCUACCAACGACUCCCUGACUGUCGUCUGCGGUGGUGAGGGAGCGAUGCCGGAGAGUAACGGUGCUCCGACCAUCUUCUUAUGCAAGGACCCAGAGACCGACGUCUGCACUAAGGUCGAAGAUAUUACCGGAGUCUUUCCAGGCUUCACAAAGGACUGGUGGACGCCAGAUAGAGAGCACGAAGGAGGCCGCACACUCACGGUCCCUAAAAGUGGUUUCCCUGUUGAUCCGAAGACAAUUAUGUUGGGGUGCCUCAAAAGCCCACCUCCUUCUGACGCAGAGACAGCAAAGGACGCUUUGUCCGCUGCUGAUCUUCCCACCUGUAAAGUGAAAGUGACAAUCUCAGCCGGCGCAAGCAGUUUCUCAGCCAUGAAGGCUUUGGUGGGUGCGUAUGCUUUGAUUACGCUGACUCUCUUCCGUGCAUAUUUGGUAUAG